CCAUUCCAUAUAUUAUUUUAAUGUUUGCUGGAGGAUGGGCGGAUCGAUAUAAUAAACGCAAAGCGUUUAUGUUUAUUCCAAUUUUGGGCAGAUGUCUAUACUAUAAAUAUCGGUUCUUAUUUUCGAUAAUCAUUGAGAGUCAACCGUUAAUAUUGAGUUGCUAUAGCUCAAUGCUGCCAGCUUUUUUUGGGGAUAGUCCAUGCUUCAUGAUGUCUGUGUUAAGUUACAUAACCACAACAACUCCAGAGAGUGAUCGAGUCUUACGGCUCAGUAUCUUUGCAGUGUUUGUUCUACUCACAAACAAUCUAAAUCUUAUCAUUGAGCCAAAUGAUUACUUUGCAUAUCCAAUAACUUCUGCAAUAUGUUUGGCCUUUGAAGUCGCUGCCAUACUCUAUGUUAUCUUCUUGAUAAAGGAGCCCAAGUCAAAUGAAAGCGUUUCUCAAUCGAAUGACAUGCAUUUAACAAAUAUGGGUGACAUCCCGAUUGAAGAGAACGUCACAAACAUUGCAUUGUCAUCUGAACCUCCUCGACGUAAUAUAUUCAGAGAAUUCUUUGAUCCGAUGCUGGUGCUGGAAUUAAUUAAAUUACCUUAUAAGAGACGCGACAUUUAUGGUAGCCUUAUAUUGCUGCUAUUAAUUUUGUGUUAUUGUCUGAGUGUGGGGCAGAUAGACGUUGAAACUAAAUAUUUUAAUGAUCAUGACAACAUCGCAUUUAGAUUGAUGAGAUUUGAGUCAUAUAUCACUGGAGCCCUUCUUUGCGGUUUAGUUUUUAGCAAAACGUGGAAAUUCUCCAAUUCGAUUAUUGGAAUCUGGAUUUCUGUCUUUACUGCUGUGUCUCGAUUAGUAUAUAAUUUUGCGCCUACAACUGAAAUUACUACAACCCAUUAUUUUGGUGGAGUGCUCGAUUUGUUUGCAGUGCUUCGUUUAGUGCCUAUUCAAUCCAAAGCAUCAACUAUUAAUGAAGGCGAUGGAAAAUUAUUUUCUUUUUUUGGCAUCUUGGAACCAAUUGCUAUCUUCAUAUAUCAACCCAUAUACGAUGCAGUCGUUUUUGCGUCUAUUGAAUCAUUUCCGAAUUUCCUUUUGCUCAACAUUGAACUCUUCUACGUACCAAAUGUGCUGAUUUUUAUUGCUUGCUAUUUUCUAAUGCGUCGUCGUAAUUCAAACAUGGCUCAACAUAACAGCACCGAAAAUUUAUAGUCAAAUUUGGUUGAAUCUUACAAAUUCAGUUAUUUUUAAGUAUUUAUUUAAAUUGGGUUUUGCAAAUCUUGAGUGUAAGUCAUGAUG